UUGAACCCUGCCAUGGUCGAAGGAGUUCGCGGAGGUGUGGACUCCAGCCGUCCUGCUGGCUUUCUCGAGGAGGAAGAACCGCCCAGAAGACGGAGGAAGGCGGGAGACCAGCCGUCCAAAAGGAGGUCUGAUGACAGACCUGCCCAGAGGACAUCACCUGCGCACAGGACAUCGCCAGCGCAUGGACCGUUACCUGUGCAGCAGGCAUCGGCAGCAGCGCGCGGACCAUCAACUGCGCCGCAAGCAUCGCGAGCACACAGAUCGUCACCUGUGCGCCACAGUUCGUCAUCGCGCAGUUGGUCACCUGUGCACCAGACGACAUCAGUGCACAGACUCUCACCUGUGCACCAGACACCGUCGGCGACCACACCACAAGAUGGGCGCCAAACUACAGCUCCUGCGCGCAGGCCAUCACCAGAUCGUCGUCUCUCCAGGAGCUCUGGGACUGUGACUGAAGAGCCUCAAGACACAACCCUUGUGGACCCAUCACUCGAUCUGUUUGAGUCUACAGGGUUAACUGACGAAACUUUUCUUGGGUUUGAGGACAGCCGUGCAGAUGUAUCCAGCCAGACCCUUGAAAAGUCUUCCGAAACGAGGACAAGUGGAGCUCCUGGAGCAGCGGCAUCACAGGAUGGAGAAGUGGUGCCACGAACCAGCAGCGGACUAGCUUCGGGGAUUGGUUCGUACUUCAGGCCGGAUCUCCUACAGGGGUCGUCAGAGGAUGACGAGGUGGAAGUGCAGGAUGCUCCAGUUGCUACAUCCCUGCCUGCCCAAAUGAAUGUGGUGGCAGACAUCCAGGAAGGGCAGAAUCCCUCAACUGUUCAGAGGGUUCACACCCUGGCAUCAGAGAUUGGGACACGCCAGGAUACAUACACAAAUGUUGUGGGAAGCAGACUGGACAACAUUGAGAGGACAAUGGAGAAAAUGUCCAACAAUCUGCAUGAACUGCAGAAGACUAUUUCCGACAGCACGGCCACAAUACUACAGAUCAUAAUUGAAGAUCGUAGGGAGAAUAGGAACAUACUUAACAUCAUGUCCGAUUCCUUGGUCAAGCUUGUGGAAAAAACCACAUGUUUGGCAGAAAGCAAUAAGAACAUGUCGGAUAGUCAUCGACACUCCUCUUCCAGCCAACAGCUCAUCGCAACCACACUGCAGAUGAUCUAUGAUAAGCUCCCAGUACCAGCUCAUCAACACGCUGGUGAUCCACCAUAUCCGCCGUCUCAAGCCACAAGGACGCAUCGUACCCUUCCUCAAGUCCCAUCCCAGUACAGUCAGUCACAGAUGUACCAGGGAUAUACAGGGAUGUACCCCACCCCCCAGAUGCCUCCACCACCAGCCGCACAUUCUUCAGCAGCAUGGGCACCGAGGGCCAGUCGACAUACUCCCCAGCCUCCCAGGACAUCCACGCCCUAUCAGGGGGAAGAAGAGGAUCCGGACAGACUUCCACCAUAAACCCGGUCGUAUUAUUUUAUUUUAUUUUAAAUGUUUUUCAUGUAUCCCUGUCUUCCCUUCCCAUUAGUUUGUUGUUUUUCUUACUAUUGUUUUUUCUUUGUUGGGCUUCCCCACCCGUGACCGGGUACUACCAAGGAGCUUUGUGUAGGCAUACAUGCGCGGGCAUGUAUGCGGGCGCGUGUGGUAACGGAUGAAAGCUCCUUGCGGCUACAUGUAUGAUGGGCCAAAGAGCUAUUCUGAUACCCCCUUUUUCUUCAAAAAAUCCUUUUUGUAAUGAUGUACAGUAGACUUUCAUUGUGUGAAUUUACUAUUCACUAGUCUGUGUUUUUGACUUAUUCAUAGGAUUUGUGAGGAAAAAUGAAGUGGACGGCAUAAGAUUGUGUUGAGCGUACCAAGAUAUCUAUAUACACAAGAAAAGAAUGUAAAGAAGAACAAACUACUUUUUUGUUUUAAUUAACUUUCAAACUUUAUUAAAAAAAAAUUUUCUUCAAUAAACUUUUAAAAAUAGAA